CUUGCUGUGGGGAGGAUAACAGGAGCGGCAGGUGAGGGGGAGCUGCAGGUGAUUCAGCCUGAGAGGUCAGUGUCAGUUGCAGCAGGAGAGACGGCCACUCUGCACUGCACCCUGACCUCCCUGAGGCCCGUGGGGCCCAUGAAGUGGUUCAGAGGAACUGGGCCAGGCCGGGAGUUAAUCUACAGUAGUAAAGAGGCCCCCUUCCCCAGAGUAACAGGUGUUUCAGAUGUCACAAAGAGAAACAACAUGGACUUUUCCAUCCGCAUCAGUAAUAUCACCCCGGCAGACACUGGUGUCUACUACUGUGUGAAGUUCCAGAAAGGAGAACAUGGUGACGUGGAGUUUAAGUCUGGACCAGGCACUCAUCUCACUGUGAGUGCCAAGUCAUCCCUGCCCAUGAUAUCCAGCCCUACAGUGAGGGCUACACCUGAGCAGACAGUGAGCUUCACUUGCAAAUCUCAUGGCUUCUCCCCCAGAAACAUCUCCCCUAAAUGGUUCAAAAAUGGCAAUGAGCUCUCAGCCUCCCAGACCAGUGUGGAUCCAGAGGGAGACAACAUUUCCUACAGCAUCUCCAGCACAACGAAGGUGCUGCUGGCCCCGGGGGAUGUUCACUCCCAGGUCAUCUGCAAGGUGGCCCAUGUCACCCUGCAGGGCCCUCCUCUCCACGGGACUGCCAACUUGUCUGAGACUAUCCCAGUUUUACCCACCCUGGAGCUUACUCAACACCCCAUGGGGAACCAGGUGAAUGUCAUUACCUGCCAGGUGAACAAGUUCUACCCCAGAGACCUGCAGCUGACCUGGUUGGAGAAUGGAAUCAUAUUCUGAGCAGAAGUGACCUUGGCCCUCAUAGAAAACAAGGAUGGAAACUUUAACUGGAUGAGCUGGCUCCUGGUGAACCCCUCUGCCCACGGGGAGGCUGUGGUGCUCACCUGCCAGGUGGAGCAUGACAGGCAGCCGGCAGUCACCAAAAACCAUACCCUGGAGGUCUCUGCUCCCCAGAAGGACCAGGGCACCCACAAACUCCCUGGCCCAGGACAGUCUUUGCCUCUCCUGGUAGUUUCCCUCCUAGGCCCCAAGGUGCUGUUAUUGGUUGGCGUCUCCAUCAUCUUAAUCUGCAAGAAGUUUUGAGCGUAAAUCCCCAUCCUUCCUGCCUGCUUGGGGCCACCCUCUGUCUCUGCUGCCUCCUUCCCUCCCUGAAGGGCCCAGCCUUGGAGAAGGACCCAGCUAGAAGCUCCCACAACUUUGCUCCAAAUGCCUCCCUUCCAUGGAGACCUGCCUGCUCACAUGUUUCUGAAGCCCCCAGAGCUGUGUCUUCAUACUUGUUCCUGAGUGGGGAUCAUGGGAAGUAGUUCUGGGAACUGACUCGUGACAUAUCCCUGGAAUUUGAGAAAUAACUCAGAUCAGCACGACCAGGUUAUCUCUCAUCUGUAACCCUGGACUUGGCUCACACUAAUGUUCUCUGCAGAGAAGUUAUUCUGUCUUCUGUUCACUAGACUCCUCACCGUUUGAGUAUAAAUGAUGCCCUAUCUUGGUUUUAAGAAAAAUUAUUCUCCUUCCUCAUUGUCUCAAUAGCCUAUUUUUCAAACCCAAAGAGUAGUGUUCCCUCCUUUCUCUGUGAUGGGAAGCGUAGUCUUUCUAUCAUUUUGCAUCCUUCCCAACCCCGUUGCUCAUGGUAAAUACACUAUGUCCAGAAGCCUGGUGUCAUCUUUGAUUGCUCUUUCUUUUGUAUCACAUAUUCAGUUCUGUCUUUAAAGUGAUUAUGUCCAGUAACGUGAGGGUAAAUCUUUAACAACUGAUUGUUAAAAAGAAAAAAUAAGCCUAAUUAGUAGUACAUGUCAAAUUCUUGAUGUAAAAUGCUUUCAGUGUGGUCAAAUUCAAGUUCACAACCAUUUAGCAACUUAAAAAAUUCCUGAAAAUGUAAAUGUUGUCUCUCUUGAGCCAGUCCAAGCCUCUCACAGCUCACCGCUGAACUCUCCUUAAUCUGCACACUCUCACCCCCAUCACCACUCCCUGUCCCAGACACUAUCAUCCCUUCCUGCACCAGUGCUAUGGUCUCUAACUGGCUUUCCUGUUUCAGGCACAGUGAUUCUCAGAAUGUCAGUCAAAUCCUAUCUCUACCCUCACCUUCUUCCUCCAACAUGACUGCUUGGCUCACUCUUUUCCUUCCUUGCAGUCUCUGCUCAAAUGUCACUUUACCAAGGCACCUUUCCUAUACCACACUGUGUAAAGUAUCAAUUCCAUUCUCACCAUGGCAUUCCAUGAGCUCUUAACCUGGUUAGUUUGUUUCCUGAGCACUUAUUACCAUCUGACAUAUAAAAGAUAGGCAGCUCUCACUUUGAAUGGUAAAGAAGGACUAUAAAAAUUACUGUGUAAAUGGAAUCAUGGAAUCCAAUCUCAGUAAUGUUGGGAUGAAUAAUGAUUGUUUUGUGACUUUUAAAAUUUGUUUUUAAAGCAUUAGAAACUCUCUGUCAGCUACUAACAAUAUAUAGUUUGACAAAGUAGAAACAUUGAGUAUUAAAUCAAUUAAUUUCUUUAUAAAAACUUAUCUAAAGUGUUUGAACAGUGCCUGGUUUCUUCUUCUUGUAUAAUGUACAAUAUAAGAGCAUCUGUUUUACAGCUUGGUGAAUUAUGCUCCUUGGUAAGUUUGGAUCAAUUUCCGACAUUUUAUGCUUGUACUCUCAAAGUUGUGAAAUCUUUACAAAACUUCCUUUAAUUUGAAAUAUUUGCUGCUGUCACUUCCUCAGGGAAUUUUCACCCUUUUCUUACCACCCACCAAUUUCCUCAUUUAUGUCGUAAGUUGGCCUUCACUAAGUGCUUCUGACUGCAUAUCUGGAAUCUUUCUUACAGUAUAAAGUUGCUACUCAACUAUUUUUUCUGUAAUCCAUUUGCAUUCAAUUUGAAUAUAACUUCUGGAAUCAUCACUUUUUGUCUCUCCAUUGCACUUUUAUUUGUUGCCAAUUCCCUUUUACAAUUAUUCAGUUUGUAAAUGACAUGUGAGUUCUUUAUUGGGAGAAAGGAGACAACACAGCUAUUUAUUUUUCUGUCUGUGCCAAAACAGAGUAACAGAGUCACAGUGACCAAUCCUGCAGACUUCUGAAGAAUUAACAGGAUUGGUUAUUGAUCAUGAUGAUCAUCUGUUAGUACUUAGUGAUUUGUGGACUGACAUAGAGUUAGCAGCAAAGUUGUACUUCAUGUAAUUGUUCACAGUAAAUUUCCUGUGACAACUGAAAUCUGAACCAUGUGUUGGGGGUUGAUGUUAUUCAACUAAACUGAAACUAAUGCACCCUGCAACAUGAACUCUGAUGUAUGUGCUGUCUCUUCCUCAAACAAGAUGUCAGUUUUAUGAGAAUAGACUGAAUCCUCAGUUGCCAGAACAUUGACUGCC